AACGGAUCUUCAUAGAUGGUGUAGAUGCUCAACGAUAGCGACGUCCUCCACUACCAGGCACGAUGCUCUCUUUACAAAGUCGCGACGUCAACACGGCACUUUAGGACGACCUUGUCACGCCCGAGUCGCAGCUGUACUAUGUGCUCGAAGGCUCGCUUUGCGCGUACAAAAACACAGAGUUUGCCCAGCGCACAAACCGUCAAGAGACGUUUCCGGCAUGGCUCGCUCGACUCUACGCCGAGUCGCACGAACGCAUGGACUUUGGCGACUGCGUUGGGAUUCACUAUGCUGGAGGAGAGUAUGGGCUGACAGAGGUCACGUCCAAGCAGACCGUGACGCACCGAAAAUACAGCCUCCUAGCCCAAGAGAGCUGUCUCGUGCUUGCAGUGCGCAAGGACACAAUCGAGCGCGCCAUUGUGUAUACGAACCCCAAGCCGAUUAUGUUGUACGCAAAGUCGACGACGCUCGUGGAUAUUCACUCGACAGGCCGAGCCAAGCUGCGGUCGUACCUCUCCCAGUACACCCUCUUUUCUCAGCUGAGUGUUGCGAGCCAAGAUCGUCUCGUUGACCAUUGCCAGCUUAAGACGUUUGCACCCAACGAGCCCCUUGUCGCGCUCGAUGGUGACUGGCACGACAUUAUCGUCGUGCUCUCGGGGCAGCUGGGGCUCUACUGCAUCGAAGUGGCUGAUAAUACAGCAGACGAUACCACGAGCGGCACGCAGCGCAAGGUGAGCGCGUUGGCCAGCUACCGCCUCGUGGGCACGAUUCCGUCGGGUCAAGUGUAUGGCGAUCGGCACCUCUGGAACGACACCAACAAGCGCGUCGACGACCCGUUGCACCACUGGCUCCUGCAGCGGCCAUUCGUGAGCAUGCUGCGAGCCAUGGAAUCCUCCGACGUCGUGCUCAUUGACAGGGCCGAGUUUGCCCUCGUCCUGCACACGGAUUGCAGUGACCGACCGGUGCUCGAAGUAGCGUCCAUUCCACCGAUGGAGCGCAGACCGUUGGAUCUGGCUGCGUUGCACCGGUGGUGCAUAUCGCAAGCGGGGCUGCAGCAGCUUCCCGAUGCGAUCGUGGACCGGCUUGUCGAAGUCGUGACAGUUCUCUCCUUCCCCGCGCAAAAGCACGUGUACAACCAAGCAAGUGAGGUCGAUGCCACAUUCUUUCUCGUGUCGGGUGCCGUAUCCCUGCACGACCACGCAGAGAGGCCACCACAAAUGGUACUGCCCGGUGAUUUUUUUGGACACGACGCACCGCUAGGCCACCACCGCCGCUUGGAGAUCGCCUCGACCACUGAGUCCUCGGUGCUGCUCAAGAUUCCACGCAGCGCAUGCGCGUUGUGGCUUGAUGGCCUCUCAUCACGGCUGCCGCUUUGUGCCUCGUCGCUUCUGGCAAAGUGUCCUCUUGGUCGAUUUGCCGCGCGGGAGGACGUGGAGAACGUGGCGCGGCUGCUACACAAUCUCGGUCUUCUCACGCACGUACCCCUCUACGUGCGCCUUGAAUUGGUACCAUACUUGGUGCUGCAGCACGUGGCCGAAGGCGACAUCAUUUGCGCCGAAGAGAGAGAUGAGGUCGAGUCCAUUUUUGUCAUCGUCUUGCGAGGGCAGCUCGGUGCGUACAGUCGAGAUCAUGUCGAUGCAUGUUCGGACGCACUCGAGGGACACCCUCUGUGUCGCUCGUCGUCGCAACUCGAGCCAAUGCCAGCGGCGGAGACCGACCACCCGAUCGGUGCUGUGUACGGGCGACGCAUUCACACAUUCCGGCGCGGCGACGUGUUGCAGACGCACGGCGCGGUCGAUGGUAACGGCGACUACAUCGUUCCGAUGACGAUUCUGGCGCACUCGGCCAGUACGCUUUUCGUCCUUCGAGCACAGGACGUCACGGGUGUUCUCCAGCGCCUGGGCGAGCCAACAAAGGCGUGCUGGCACUUGCGAGCGGCGGUAGCCAGCGUUGCGGACGAUGUGUCCGACACGGCGUCACUGUGCUCGUCGUUGUGGUUCCCGCCGCCCACGGCGGUAGCGCACGACGUUGUUGCCUUUGCACCAGGGGACAAGAUUGUCCGCAUCGGAGAUCGUCUCAAUGCGAUGUACAUCUUUCUCGACGGCAUCGCGACCGCCUCCAAGAUGCACACCAAGCACAUCUUGUCUCCGAUGGACGUGCCGCUGGCGACAGCCCUCGCCAGCGUUGCGGUUGCCCCGAUGCGAGACAUUACGAGCAACUUUAAAACGACAAGCAAGACGCUCAUGACGCCACGUCACGAAAAACGCUCCAAGUCGGUGCUGCCGACGAUCAUGAAGCUCUCGAAACGCAUACCUCGCCUGCGCAUGAAUGCGAUCGUGCCCGAAGAGCCCGUAGUAAUGACGGCACCACUAUCGGAGAAAGGAGUGCACGCGACCGAUGGCUCGAACCGUCGAGCGAGCGCGUCGUCCCUGUCGUCCGCAACGUCUCUGCACAUCUGCUGGACGUUCAAGGCGGGCGAUGUGUACGGCGGCGAAAUCGUCUUUGCGGCGCCCGCGACGAGCUUGUACAAUGUCGUGGCUGAGACGCCGCUUCGAGCCCUGCGGAUUACCAAAGCCGCGUACACGUCGGCGUGCACUUUGGCAGCGCGUCUGGUACCGUCCGUGGUGCAGCCCAAGCACAUCAUGGCAAAAGCCCACUGGGUGCGCGCAAACCUCAAGGUCACCGAGGGCAUCACAGGCCACGACGCUGCCAAGAAGCCCCGGUUUUGGAAUCUCGUCGAGGAAGCCGUGAGCCAGCGUGUCAAGCUCAUCAUCAAGCAUCUCGCCAAUAUGACCAUUUUCCAGAGCAUGUCGGACGAAACCAUGUCCAACAUCGUGGCCUCGGCCAAGUACGAUACGUUUGAGAAGGGUCAUUGGAUUUACACCCACGGUGACGCACCCAAGCGCUACUACGUUGUCGUGUCGGGCAAAGUCAGUUUGUUUUCGUCGCUUCCGUCCCUCGAACACGUCACGCUCAAGCGCGUUCGGCCGGGCCAUGGGUUUGGCGAAUUUGAAAUUCUCACCAAUCAAAUGACGCGAAACCUCUCGGCCAUGGCACACGAUACGACACAGCUCAUUUCGUUUACAGCGCAAACGUUUACGGAACUCUGGGAAGACGCGACGUUGGCCGCGAUGCGUCGUGAGGUGUCUUUUUUUCAGACCCUCGGCUGGGCGUCGCGCCUCGACCUCGACCGCAUUGGCCACUUGUACCACGCCAUGACCGAGGUCGUCUACACCAAAGGCACGGUGAUCUUUCCAGUACACGCCAAACUGAACCACGUGUUCAUCCUAAAACGAGGCAUUUGCACCCUCCAGGCAGUUGUGGACGUUGAUUCUACGCGGGCACCGUUGCGGUCGACGGUAAAGGCAAAGGACGCACCACCCAUCACAAUUCACGUCGAUCUUGCGCAAGUGGCGACGGGCCAUACGAUUUGGGCAAUAAAUAGCGACUUUCCGUACGGGCUCAUCGCUACCGCCGCCGACACUGCGGUUGUGAGCAUUGGGUACGAGAUGCUGCGGGGCAUCGUGCCCAAGUGGGUGCAUUCGGACCUCAAUCGCGACGUUGCUCAGCAGUCGAGCCACCACAGCCAUCAGCUUCAGUUGCUACGCCACCGUGCUUUGGGCGUUCUCAACCUGCGUAGCCAGCUCAGUGCGGCGGAUCAACCCCGCCAGGAACAUAACUACUACGUGCCGCAGCUGCAGGCGCACAGCAACACACUGUCCCAGCAGAAAGCCACCGAUGACUCACGCCGCGUGAACCUCACAAUGACAGACAUGGUCGCCGCGCAGCCCGUUGAGCUUCAAAACCUCUUUCGAGAAGACCGCCGUUCGAGCGCUUCGGAUGCACGAACGGUAGAUGCGUCGCUGGGAUUGCAUCUGACGAACGACCGCGAGCCGCAUGCCCUCGGCUCAUUUUACAUUGGCCGAGGCAUGCCGGUGACGCCGACCCUCGCGCCUCAUCGCUUGCACCAGCACCGCCGCCACGAUGGCGCCGACCUGCGUCCCCGCCGCCAGUCAAACCACAACUGA